CAAAGAAAAAACGAAUAGACGAAGGGGGACGGUGCGUGACGUGAGUGACAAAUCGGACAGGGGUUCCAGCCGAGCUCAUCAAGUGUUUUUUUUUAUUGAUGCCACUACGUGAACCUCGAGUGUACAGUGCUAUUGUGUGCAGUGCCGUGCAAAAGUGACGAAGAAAGGAAGAAAUUAUGGGUUGCGCUACGAGUCAACUGCCUCUCGGUGGCGGCAGCCACCGCCAGAGACGGCAUUCAUCAUCGGCCAAUUCAUCACCGCCGAACAACGUGACCACCGUGCUGCCCGACAACCAUCAUCAUCACAACGACGAGAAGGGCAAUCGCAGCGUCGCCCUGGCUACUAAUAAUGUAAUUUCCCAGCAAACACAACAGCAACAGGCCCUGCGUAUUGUCCGCAAUCCCAGCAACACUGACAACAGGCCGUCGUUAGACAAUUCGACAACAGGAAAGUAUCGACGAGGUAACAGCGGCGACCUGAACAGUACCAGUCCGACUCAGCUGGAGAAUGGGGUUCGUUUGAGUAACGACGUCCGUUUCGGUACGAUGCGAGCGCCGUCAGAGCCACUCAAGGUAAUGUUGGUCUUCGAACGUGAGGAUGCCCAAAGUGACGCAUGGUUGUGGGCCUGUCGGAAGCUGGCCAGUCGCUGUGGCGGCACGGAGAUGAGCCACAGCAACAGCCGGAGUAGCCACAGUAGCAGUAGCAGCAAUAGCCACGAAAUCCAUCAUCAAGACGUGCUUGUCCGCACCCUUCAAACGGAGCUCGUCCAGCGCAAAAUUGCUGAAUUGGAACCCAAUUUGAUCGUUAUCGACCGGCGCUCAGCUAGUCGUAGUCGCGAAGUCGAUGCUCUCUGCAGGUGGAUCCGCACGCAGCCAGGAGGUAACUACCCCAUCAUUCUCGCCGUCGUUAAACGAAAUUUACUGGAACGCGAAGAAUCUAUUGUAAGCAGCAUCUUACAUAUUGGAUACGAUCGGUGUUACCCAGAGAGCGGCAACUUGGGAUCGUGCCUAAGCGAGUUGUUGAUGCUGGAAGCCAGUGAGCUGCAGUCACGCCAACGUUUGCGUUUGGCCGAGGCAUCGAUGACAGUAGCAGCAGUCACGAGGGUUAUCCCUUAUUUCCCUACAGAACUGGUGACGGUGACUGACGGCCACUUUAACAUCCGCUAUAUCAACCCGGGCGUGGAGCGGCUGCUGGGCUUCGCCGCCGAGGAGAUCGUCGGCAAGAACAUGAUCGAACUCUACCGGUGCGAGGCCGGCAACAACCGCUACGACAUUAACGACGCGGCCCAGCACGUCCUGACAAACAAGACGAGAGAAUGGGAAGGCAGCUGUUUCGUCCGGCGGAGAACCGGCGAUUCGGUCCCGCUCUACUCGCGAAUGAUUGCCGUUCACAACAACAACAAAACAGAAAACGAGGCGCCCGAUUACGUGCUAUUGCUGCAAGAGCCACCACCAUUGUUCAUCGACAAAUCGCUUUCUGGUGAUAUGGGAGCUUACGAUUUUUACCCAAUGCCACGAAGCUCUCUCCACUCGGUCAGGAAAGCUUCCUAUGACGUCCGUUCAGUUGGCAGUGAUGGAGCAAUCAUUCGGAGACAGAGUUUGGCCAGGCUUCAUUCGAUGGCUAUUGAAGGUCCCAUCACUAAAGUGAUUAACAUCAUCACGGCUGCUCAAGAGUCCAGUCCUAAUUAUAUAUCGCAAGCUUUGGAUAAGGUAUUAGACAUUUUACGUUCCACGGAACUGUUCGCACCUCACGUCGCUGAAGUGAAAGGAAGAAAUGAAGACCCUGUUACGACCGAUUUAGUCGGUGCCCUCCUGCUGGGACAGAAGCCGCCCGGUUACACGAGACGCAGCUCCAAUGAGACGUCCAUCAAGUCCUCACACAGCCAACUCUACUCGAGACCGUUGCUGCCGAGUUUGAACAACAUCAGCAUCCCCAUCCAGCUGAGGGAGAUGUUGGAGAACGAUUCUCAGUGGGACUUUGAUGUCAUCCGGCUGGAAAAACUCACCGGCAAACGGCCGCUAGUUUGGCUCGGCAUGACGAUCAUGACUCGUUUCGAGGUGCCCAGGACGCUCAACUGCGACGAGGCCACUUUGCAGAACUGGCUGACGGUGAUCGAGGCCAAUUACCACUCGACCAAUACAUACCACAAUUCAACCCAUGCUGCUGAUGUCCUACAGUCAACGGCCUACUUUUUGCAGCGCAAUCGCAUCAAGGCCCUACUCGACCCGCUCGAUUUGACCGCUUGCCUCAUCGCUGCAGCUAUUCAUGACGUCGAUCAUCCAGGGAAAACCAGCGGUUUCCUCUGCAACUCUGGGAACGAGCUGGCCAUUUUGUACAACGACCUAAGUGUCCUCGAGUCGCACCACGCCGCGCUGGCUUUCAAACUGACGUGCCAAGAUGACCGGGUCAACAUCUUCAAAGGAAUGGACCGCGAAAGCUACAAAGUCAUCCGGCAGAGUAUCAUCGACAUGGUGCUGGCCACCGAGAUGACCAAGCACUUUGAGCAUCUCACCAAAUUCAUCAACAUCUUCGCCAAGCCGUUCCUCAAAGACGAAGACCAGUACGAGCCGCCCGAAAUCGAUUACACAAGUCUCAACACUUCGGAGAACAUCAUCCUAGUCAAGCGUAUGCUAAUCAAAUGCGCCGACGUCUCCAAUCCGACACGACCUCUCAACAUGUGCAUCGAGUGGGCGCGCCGUAUCGCCGAGGAAUACUUCAACCAGACGGCCGAGGAGAAGGCCAAAGGACUACCAGUGGUGAUGCCUCAGUUCGAUCGUCAGACUUGCUCCAUCCCGAAAUCUCAAAUUGGAUUCACCGACUACUUCGUCAGCGACAUGUUCGACGCCUGGGACGCUUUCGCCGAGGUUCCCGAGCUCCUCCAGCACAUGAAGAGGAACUAUCAAUUCUGGAAGGAGCAGGAGGCCAUGGGCGUUACGGGCCUGCCUCCGGAGUAUAUCAUUCCGCUAACGCCCACCGAACUAGUGCGCAAGAUCGAAUUCGAGACUCUGGCCGAGUGCAAAGAGACGGUCGAAUCGUCCGAAGAGAAAUAAUUCAUCAGAAAACCCUACUAAAUUUUCAAUAUAAAAUGACUAUAUCAUUUCAUGCAAAAGAAGAAAUCGAAUGCUUCGUCAUCUUUUUCAUCCGCCCUUUCCCAAUUUUUUAUUAUUAUUCUUUUUUUUACUUAUCUCGCCAUUUUAUUCGGGAUCGAUAUCCCCUGCGCUGUGUAAGCGGGACAACUAGGUCAUCAAUUUCCACGUUCGAUUUUUUAAUUCCCGUCCCUGCCCAUACCCGGAUGCGACAAGAUUCCUGGCUCUUUUUCCUUUAAUUUUUGUUUUCUCCUUCUUUAUUUGUGUUUUGCUGGUCUUCCUUCUUUUUCUUUGUGUUUUUUUCUGUUCUCCGUUUGGAAAACAAACAACCACCGGAACAUCCGCAACCGGAAGGAAUGGGAGGAUUUCAGUUCCGGAUGGACACUGAUGAACCCGAGGAAGAAGACAAAAAAACGUGAAAAAUAGUAACAAUACGCUCAAACAAGGAGCCAAAGUUGACGUCAAGAUUAGAGACACUGUCACGAAUUGGAACACUGCUGAAGAGGUGAAUAAAGGAAAUGAAAGCCAACGUCACUUCCCCUUUAUUUGAAACAUGACUCCAGACUUUAUUAUCGCACUGUUCUUCUCUUGAUGCCCGAUAGCUUACCCCAUGCUAUCCCCCGUUCGUUAUACCGUGCGUCACGUGUGAAAUACUAAAUUACUAUUAUGCUUACUCGUCUCUUAUGACUAUAUCAUGAUUAUUGAAAAAGAAAAAAAAAAUUCUAUUUUUGUGACCUUAUGUAUUUUUCAUUCCCGUCAAUGCUGUGCAUCCCCUUUUUAAAGUAUUCACCGAAUUUCCAAAAAAAAAAUGGAGAAAAAAAAAAUGAAAAGCAAGCAAACAAAUCACAAGGAUAUGGGGAAGAUGGCGGAAAAUUUUUCGACGCAGAAAAAGUGAUCCAACCAGCCUACCCCCAGAAUUUCCGCAUUUUCAGCUGGUGUCCCUCUUGGCAACGCAUCCGGCUUCCUGUCACCGUCGCUAAGAUAUGAAGAAAACGGUAUACGUGAUGUAUUACAUCUAUUGUUUACUAUCUGCAUAGGCCUACAUGAAUUGAAUACGUUCAAAAUUGCCAAAUUGUAUACUGAUCUUCCUGUUGUUGUUUUUUUUUCCUCCCCUUUCUCCAAGACAAAUCUUAUACAGUAUAUACAGUAUAUAUAUAUAUUUAGUUAUGAUCAUCACACAAUAUAUUAAAGUGACUAUUGUUACAGGAAAUACUUGAAAGUGUCGUGUUGCAUCGUGCUGAAAUUCUGUGUUCCCUUAUACAAAUAUACGACUGGAUAAAAGAAAUGCAUACAAAAAAAGGCCACAAAAAAAAAAAACUAACUGAAAAAAGAUGCACAAAAAUGGCAAAAAAACAAACAAAAAAAAAACAAAAUACCCAAAUACGCUUAUUCGCCUUGAUGUUUUUCCUUCUCUUUUUUCCUUACUCCGGUCUCCUCUUAAAAACGUUUGUCUCCAUUUGUCGCCCUACCCUAUCAUCUUCUUUCUAUUGGCCCGUCUUCUUUUUGCAUUUAGACGAUGUGCAAGUGUGUAUAUGUGUGUGUCUGUGUGUGUGUAAAACGGCGAAACGAGCGCGAUCGUUCGUGAAAUAUGGAGCGGGGAGACUUCCAGUAACUUCCCAAGAUGAAAUGCCUGCAUCUGCGCUGCCAAACUCUCCCAUCAAGGCCAACGAAGAUGGGCCAACAGCCAAAUUGUGAAGCGAACCUUCUUCUUUACUUUUCUUUUUAAAGAUUUUUUUUUAUCACUCCCUCUUUUUCAGUUUUUUUUUUAUCACCUUCACCCAGUUAUUCCUUACUCUCGUCAUCAGACAGCCUAGCAUAAGCGCAGUAGCUUGGAUUUUGCUGAAGGGUGGCAGUCUUGUUGGGAGGUAAAAACAGCUCGUUAAAUCGAAUUCAAGGAAAAACGCGACACUUUUCUUAUUUUCUAAAAUUUACUAUUUCUACGGGUCUCCAUAUUUCAUCGACCCAGCGACGUAACGCACACACACACACAACCGUAUUAUACAUGGAAAUGUUAGCAAACAUU